AUGCCAACGAAAACAGAUGCUUUGCUCUAUACAAUAGCUCUUCUUCUCUUCAUCAUUCACUUGCUUUCACCUCAUUUAGCUGAAAUAUAUUUUGCUUAUCAAGCGCGUAACUAUGGAUCAGAGGCUAUAUUAAUCCCGGCAGCUAAUACUCGAAUCUUUUCCCGAAAUCCUGGCAAAUGUUCAGAUGUUGUUCAGAAUGUUCUCGAUGUUCAAAUGAAGAGAUUUUCUCCAGUUACUGAAGAAAAACAAGUGGUAAAAGUACUAAGUGAGGAGAGUUUUAGCCAUUUUGUUGCCAAUAAUCGGUAUGUUAUGGUGGUGUUUCAUGCAUCAUGGUCCCCUUUGUGCCGAAAAUUAGCCCCAGAAUAUGCAGAAGCUGCCAGAGAGCUGAAGGGUGAGGUUGUGCUAGCAAAAGUGUAUGCUGAUAAAGAAAAAGGAUUGGAGAAGAAGUAUGGAAUUAAGUGGUAUCCAACUUGUUAUUUCUUCGUUGGUGGAGUGAAUGUUCAUCCUUGUAAUUUUGUAAGGAAGAGGGAUGCCAAUGUGAAGUGGGCAAAAACUCAGAUGGGUCUUGGUGUCUACAAUAUAACGACAGGAGCAAUUUGA